AUGCUUAGAGGAAACCAAAGUUACAUCACUGAAUUCCUUCUUCUGGGACUGACUACUGACCCUAAACAGCAGACAUGGCUCUUUGCCAGUUUUCUGAUCAUGUACCUGAUCAAUGUGUUUGGCAAUUCAGUCAUCAUUGCAGCUAUCCAAGGGGAUGCCCGCCUCCACACCCCCAUGUACUUCUUCCUCUCCAGCCUGUCUCUGGUGGACAUCUGCUUUACGACUGUCAUCGUGCCACAAAUGUUAGUGAACAUGCUGACUCAGAGAAAGACCAUACCUUUUGCCCAGUGCCUCACCCAGAUGUAUUUCUUUGUGGCAUUUGGUAUCACUGACAGCUUCCUCUUGGCUGCUAUGGCCAUUGACCGAUAUGUAGCCAUCUGUAACCCACUGCAUUACACCACCACCAUGAGUCCCAGACGCUGUCUCCUGUUGGUCACAGUGUCCUGGGUGGUGUCUCAUCUCCACUCACUGACCCACACGAUUCUCAUGGCUCAACUGUCCUUCUGUAGGUCCAACGUUAUCCGUCACUUCUUCUGUGAUGUUCAGCCACUAUUAACACUCUCUUGCUCUGACACCUCUGUCAAUGAGCUUCUGGCCUUCACAGAGGGUUCCUUUGUGAUCAUGAGCCCUUUUAUCUUCAUUAUUAUUUCCUAUGUUUACAUCACCCGUGCUGUCCUGAGGGUCCCUUCAGGAGGAGGCAGGUACAAGGUCUUCUCCACCUGUGGAUCCCACCUCACAGUUGUAGCACUAUUCUAUGGGACCAUCAUAUCCGUAUACAUUCGCCCCUCAUCCACAUACUCAAUAACAAAAGAUCGUGUGGUCACUGUCAUCUAUACAGUAGUUACUCCCAUGCUGAAUCCUUUCAUCUAUAGCCUUAGGAACAAGGACAUGAAGCAAGCUUUGAGAAAGCUGACUAGAAGGUCUGAAUAG